GAGGGAGAGCGCCAGUCUCCGCAGCAUAGGCAGGUGCACCCGGAGAGCUGAAAAGCUACUUUUAUUACUCACUGAGCGUCUGACUGUACCACUUCUAAAAUGUGCUCUCUCUCAAGUGAGACUGCUUAUACAUUAAAGGAGUAAAUAAUGUGAUCAUUCCUUCAAUUGAAAAGUGUGCCCACAAUGAUUGUACCCUGGGCACCAGCCUGUGCCUACCCCUAGUUCCAGCCUUGCACAGAUAUGAUCUCUUGCGCAGAAAAGGAAUGGAGUGUAAGUUCACGUGUUACAAGUGGCUGCUAUAGGCUUUGAGACUGUUGCCCCCCAUUGGUGGGAAGAGGAGCGACGAUGACAUCCCUUUAUCUCCAGGGGGUGGGUAUGGGGAGGAACUCAAGCACUGGAGAAGCCUGAUUGCCACACUGUGCUGGAAGUGAUCUAAAAGUAGCCCAAGACUUUUUUCUCUAACAUGCGAUAAGUGCCAGCAGACUGCUCAUUGUUCCUCACCAUGAAGACUUGGUGCAACCCACAGUGAAGCCUCUGUGCAGAUGCCACCCAGCCACACACCAUGGCAAAGAUCCGAGUAUCUUAUGAGUACUCAGAAGCUGAAGACAAAAGCAUCCGCUUGGGUUUAUUUCUCAUCAUCUCUGGUGUGAUCUCUCUCUUUAUCCUGGGCUUCUGCUGGCUGCACCCGGCUCUGCUGGAGAUGCGGGGCAAGACUGCUAACUGCACAGUUCUGUCUGUGCAGCAGAUCGGGGAGAUGUUUGAGUGUACCUUUAACUGUGGGUCCGACUGUAAGGGCACCUCUCUGUACCCCUGCCUGCAGAUCUAUGUCAAUAACUCGGAGUCCAAUUCACGGGCUCUGCUGCACCAGGACGAGCGACAGCUCAUCAACAAUCCCAAGUGUUCCUAUAUUCCGCCCUGUGAGAGAGAAAACCAGAAGAACUCUGAAAACGUUCUCAUCUGGCAAGAAUACUGGAAUAACGAAAUUGGAUUCCAAACCUUUACCUGCUAUUUUAAUCAGCACAGAAGGCCAGAAGAUGUGCUUCUGAGAAGAACCCAUGAUGAAAGUGUUCUCAUUCACUGCUUUCUGUGGCCAAUAGUUACUUUUGUGGUGGGUGUGCUAAUUGUGUUUCUCACCAUCUGUGCAAAAUGCCUUGCUGUGAAAGCGGAAGCUAUGCAGAAGAGAAAGUCUUUAUAAAAGAAAAGACUCAUGAAGCAGCAUUACAAGCCAAUACCCAGUAAUACUUAUCUUAUAGUCCUCUUCUUGCCUUUCCAUCACUAUUUUAAUGUACUUGGAUAUCAGAGGAUGACAAUUGCAUUAAUUACAAUAUUCACAGACUCUGAGACUGUGAUUUCCCUUGGGAAGGGUGCCCAGGGAAGGUCAGAGCUGAGGAAAAUAUCUAAGGAGAUGUUUAGUGACUUAUAUUUGGCGAGUGUACAGGGAAGUGGCUCAAGAGAAAGUUACAUUUCACCUUGAUGAUCACAUCUUUUUUAUUUGGUAUAUCAAAUAGCAAGAAUUCAGUUUAUUUUGUAUCAUCUAUUUCUGAACUAUUAAAAUGUGCUUUUUUA